UUCUCGGCGCGCAUUUGACACUCGACCCUGCCAAGAAAUGAGAGACGCAGGUGGGAGGAAGGGAAGGGAAACGGCUGUUCGCUAACCUGGUCUGGUACCAUUGGUUACUAACGUGAUUAGAAGACCGUUGUCGUUGACAGUUUCUGGGGAGGUGCACAGUUAGUAUUUGGUGGCAACCGCCGAGCUCUAUCUUUGAGUUGAAACAACCGGUGUGGCUUAAUGAUGGUGGAGGAGUGAAGUAGACCUGUUACCUAUACAGCUGACAGGCAAGUGGAAGGCUAGGCAAAGAUGCUGGAGGCUGACCCGGAUCCAGCAGGUGCAGCGAUGGAGGGAGAAGGAGAAGCCGACAUGGGUAAUGGAGACUUAAAAGCUGAGGUGAUGAGGCUGACUCUGGAGCUCCAAGAGGCCACAGAGGAAAAGCUACAAGCAGCCCGCUAUGGCCUGGUGGUGUUAGAAGAAAGUUCUGCCCUCAAGAUGAAACAUAAACAACUGGAGGAGGAGCAUGAAACCCUGAAAUUGGAGCUACAGCAGCUCAGAGAGGCUUUUGCAGAUUCUGUGAGCAGCCAGAAGCGAGCAGCUGCUGAUGGAGAGUGCCGGGAGGAGAGCCUGCUGCAGGAGACUGCCACUAAAGAGGCUGCCAUGGUAACACGCAUGGAGGAAGUUCAGGCAGAGCUCAAACAAACACGUCUUGCUCUAAGCAACUCCCACGCAGAGAUCGAUAGACUGGGCGUACUCUCCACCCAGCUAAAGAAGGAGUGUGAGUGUCUGGAGGCAGAGAAGGGCCAUAUGAGGGAUGAAAUGAAGGAAUACAAAGUACGGGAGCUUCGACAGUUGCAGGACAACAGUGAGCUGGAAGAAGAGAACAUAUCUUUGCAAAAGCAAGUGUCAGUGCUCAAGGAAAACCAGGUUGAGUUUGAAACAGUAAAGCUCGAGGUAACUCAAAAAAAUGAGGAGCAGGAGGAGCUGCGAGCACAGCUGGAGGAGGCUGCAAGACUGAGGGAGAUCGCAGAGAGGCAACUGGAUGAGGCCCUUGAAGCCCUGAAUGAGGAGAGGGAGCAGAAGAACAGUCUGCGGCGAGAGCUCUCUGCCUUGACCCUUAACCCCUUCGAUUCUGUGGGGAACCUGGAGCUCCACUUGGAGCAGCUGGAUGACAGUCAGGAGGAGGGCCAGGGUGGAGAGGGUGAGGGACAGAAUCAGGAUGGCGAUCAUAAUAAUGGUCCUGGAUCUGCUCCCAGUUCUGCUCACCCUCCUCACUCGGAUGGCUCCAAAAGCAACGGCCUCAUCCAUCGCUACUCCACUCCACGUAACAGUGACGUUUUCCUGCGUGCUCCGGCCUCUGGGCUGGUGUCAGACCUGCUGAGUGAGCUGCACUUUUCAGACAGUCAGAAAUUAAAGCAGCAACUCCUACAGGCAGAACGAGAGAAAUCCAGUCUGGCCAGCAAGGUGGAGGAACUACAGAUGCAGUUGGUAAUGUCCAAACAGGCUCUCAGUCAGCAAGAAGAUAAAGUUGGCUCUCUCAUGCAACAGCUUGAGACUGUGCAAAAUAGUCGGCAUCAAAACCAAGAAGCAGAAGAUGGGGGAGAUAACAGAGGGGGGGCUGGAGAUGAAGGCAAUUGCGUCUUUGACUAUGAGGUAGACAGCAAGAGCAAGGAAGUGCUGGAGGCUCGAAUGCGAGUAGCUAGUGAAGAGCUUCUGAAGCUGCGUGAUGAGCUGUCCCAGGCAGGAAUUCGUUACAACACACUGGAGCAAAGAUACAAGCAGGAGAAGGAUCGUUGGAGGGCAGAGGCUCAGGAGCUGGCUGACAAGAUCCGUCAGUGUAUCAAGUCCAGCAAGCAAGAUCAAGAGCGCAUCACUGAGCUGGAGCAGGAGAUCGGAGCAACACGGAGAGUGGCAACGGAUUCUGAAGGGCACUUGAACGUUGCACAGGAAGAGCUACUGGCCUUCUCUGAAGAGCUGUCCAACCUUUACCACCACAUCUGCGUGUGCAACAACCUGACGCCCAAACGGGUCACCCUGGAUUAUUACCGAGAUGGCGCCAGGGCAAGCAGUGCACGGAGAGCACACCACGUGUAUCCCCAACACACUGCCCAGAAGAAGCCUCGAGCCAACGAGAUGUUCAUCUCCAAAGCUGCAGCGUUGCAGUUUAUGGGCGAGGUGGACAGUGCAGGAACCAGUGGAGAGUCACCCACUUGCCCCGGGUCACCCACCCUCGAUUUCAGGGACCCUUCCAACGUUCGCAACUUGGUAGCGGUCAUCCGUUGCCAGAUCAAACACCUCCGGGUGGCUGUGGACCUCUGUCGUCAGAGGGGUGCAAUGCCUUACUCUGGGCUUAGCAGCAGCGGAGAGUCCGAGCGGGAUGCUGAAAGCCUGUUAGAGGAAGUUCUGAAACUGAAGUCUCUUCUCAGCACCAAGAGAGAGCAGAUCGCUACCCUGAGAACUGUCCUCAAGGCCAACAAACAGACUGCUGAGUUGGCGUUGUCUAAUUUGAAAACUAAGUAUGAGACAGAGAAAAGCAUGGUGUCGGAGACCAUGAUGAAACUCCGGAAUGAGCUGAAAGCCCUGAAGGAGGACGCUGCCACCUUCUCUUCACUCAGAGUCAUGUUUGCCAGUCGGUGUGACCAGUACGUCACGCAGCUGGAGGAGAUGCAGAGGCAGCUCGCAGCUGCAGAGGAUGAGAAGAAGACACUGAAUUCUCUGCUGCGUAUGGCCAUCCAGCAGAAACUGGCUCUCACUCAACGCUUGGAGGACCUGGAGGUCCCCAUGUCUCCCCACAGCUUGAACAGCAGCCCCCGCCGUUCCCGGGCCAAAGAGCUUGCCACCAAGUCAGGUCGGGCCCCUCGGAGCCCCAAAAGCAGUCCGGCUCGACCUCAGCUGAGGAACAGCCCACGAGCUAGCCCGGUUCUCGGCAGCAGCGCUCCAACCAUGGCCACCCAACACUUACGAGCCCUAACCCGAAGUCUCCACACAAGCCCUCGCUGAAACACUCCUACUAUUACUCCAAAAUCCCUCCUCUCCAUAAGGGCCUGUCUUCAUGUUGACUCCCUGGCUCCCUCUUCCUUCCCUCAUAUGAUGCUACAUUUUCCACUCUGCUCACCAGAUCUAUGGACUGAAAAAGUACUGAGGAAAAAAAAUUAAAAAAAGAAAGAAAAUCUCUCAUCCAACCCUCUUGGUGUUCUCUGCUUGGAGUGGAGAAACCUGCAUGCAGCCUGGAGAAGGAUGAAGAGACAGCUGUGCUGCUCAUAACUGUGUCACUGACUCUUGUAUUGUUGGAGGCUGUAUGUUAUGAUGAACCAUUAUUACAGUAUUUAUUCCAAAAUGAAGGACUCUUUCAUGUACAGUAUUUACUGUCCUCGUACUCUGAAUCAAGGCUGUGAUCUGUUCCCUGAAGGCUUUUUGCUUUCACACUCUUGCCUUUAAUCUGGGAUCUUGGUUAAACCUGUCUGCCAUCCUUUGGUGUUGUUAAGCCAUUAUUAGGUCGUCUGUUACAGCUCUCCCUGCUCGGUUUUUUAUAGUACAAUGCAAUCUAACUAGCAGAGUUACUAUCUUCAAAGUAGAGCUUGCUGUUGUGAAAUUCCUUCCUUUUACUGGUGGUGUGGUUGCCUGCCCUUUUUUAUCCUGUGACAUUUCCAGUUCUUUGACUUUGGCCUGUCAGCUACCCCCUUUAACUAGAGGUCAGGAAACGAGGCGUUUGACAUGGAAUUAGAUCGACUAUAAGUUCACUACUUCAGGUUAAACCACAAGUAUUCAUUUAGAUGAUUUAGGGAACCUUUCAUGUGAGUCUUACUUUGCAAACUAUGCAGACCAAGCCAGGACAGUGCCUGUUUACUUCCUGCUGUAGGCUCGAGGUGGGUUUUUCCUGAUUCAUCUUGACUGCUGGCUGCAGCUUCUUUACAAUAGCCAUUUGACAUCUUUAAUAUAAAAAAAAAUCAGCUUUUGGGAAUAUUUUCAGAGUACUAAUCUUGUUGGCUGAUUACAGGUUUCUUCAUGGUGAUUGGGAGGUUUUAUGAUACUUAUUCAUAUCAAUCAAGAAUUCAAAUAGCUUGAUUUUUAAUGAAACUGUCACUAACAUGUACCAUGCUCAUUUCUCUGAUUACAAUCCUAAUGAAUGUCAUGCUUCUUCAUGCUCAUGUGAACUGCUAAUCAACAAUAUUCAUGCUACGUGUUUCAUAACUGAAUGCCAUGGUUUAGUGUGUUUCCCAGAUAAAGUAGAUUAGUAGUGUCAACCACAGUAAAACGUUGCUACAUCCUUUAUUUUCAAUUUGAAAUGCUAAUAGUACGAGCAGGUAUGAAUUUUGCAGCUCAUAGAAAAUUAAUAUAAAAAUUAUCCCGUUUUUUCAAGCAGAUUUACACUGUAUUUCCCAUCUAGCAAUGUAUCAAUAUAUGUCAAUAUCCUAAAUCCAAGAAUAGAUUAAUAGAUGGUAACAAAUCAGAUAUAACGCUGCUUUGCUAAUUAGGACUCCAGAAGUACCGGGGCCUCCACUACAAAGAAAAAAGAAAUAAACCUGCAAGUGUAUGUCUAUUCAUUCUGCUUCACUGGGCGUUAAACGUAAGGUGAUGCCAGGGUUGUCAUCUGAGGACAGCUUCAAGCUUGAAUCUGAAGUCCCCCCCCCUUGAUGAUCAUGGUCCUUUCAGCCAGAUGUUUUCCAUCUGUUUGAGAAAAAAAAAUUAAAUGAGGAAAAAGUGUACUCCAAUCAAUUUAGAAAAAUCAACCGGUUGUCAAUAAUUACUGGUCCUCUAGAAGCCACACCCUGCUUCUUCUUCUUCUGUUAUGGUGCCUUUGUUUUGGUCAUGUCUUCCUUGUUACUUUUCUCUUUAUGGCAGCAUUAUAUUUUUUAAAUAGAGACUACUGUUCAGGGUAGAUUUUUUUUUUUUUUUUUUUUUUUCUUUUUUUUUUGCCUUUAUUUGAAGGUAUGUUUUAGCUGCUAUUAAUGUGACUCGACUAGCAGUUUUAGCACUGAUUAAAGUGAUAUCUUUUUUUUAAAAAAACAUUUUCACUUUUUAAGUAGUACGACUCAUAUAGUCAUUGAGAUUAAUCAUUUUUCGUUAACUUGCCCUGAAACAUAUUUUUCUUUUCUAUUUGUUUAAAAAAAAAAAUAAAGCUGUUACUGUGACAAAAAUUUACUGUAUAAAAAUCAUGAAGAAAUGAACAGCUUAAUGUAUGAAAUGGCUUGUAAGUAGAGUUAAUGUAAAGUUUUGGCCUGCCAGGGGUGUGCCAGAGGUUAAAAGGUAAACUAAAAAGUGAAAAUGCUUUAACAUAUCACAGUGAAGGUUGUACAUUUCUAAACCUAUUUAAUUCACUUUGUGCAGAUGUGUUUAAUUUGAAUUCCCGUUGUAUAUUUUAACUAUUUAUGUGAUUGCAUUCUGUGUAAAUUUAUGUAGAAAUGUUAUGCACACUCCACCUAACAUGUUUAAUGGUCCUCGACUUUUUGUGUGUAUGAAAGUUGACCUGCGUUGACCUGUCAUGAAGAAUAAAAAGCCAACACUGUAUACACUGA